UCUCUGAGAGUCUCCGCCGGCGCGGCCUGAACCACCACAGCACAACCGCAUGCGCCCUGCGCUCACGAAGAUGGCGCCGACGAACGACCUGCCGCAGCUCACGUGCAUCGUCGCCGCCGUCGCCGGGUCCUACGGCAUCGGCAAGGACGGCACGCUGCCGUGGAAGCUCGCCGGCGACAUGAAGUACUUCAAGAAGGUGACGAGCGCCGCGCCGGAGGGCAAGACGAACGCGUGCGUCAUGGGCCGGAAGACGUGGCUGUCGAUCCCGCCCAAGUUCCGGCCGCUCGGCGGGCGCAAGAACGUGGUGCUGUCGCGCAACCCGAACGCGCGCGAGGAGCUCGGCCUGCCGCCGGACGUCUUCGUCUGCCCGAGCCUCGACGCGGCCGUCGACGCGCUCGCGGGCGAGGCGGAUUUGGGCGAGGUCUUCGUCAUCGGCGGCGGCCAGGUCUACGCGUCGGCCCUCGCCGACGCGCGCUGCACGAAGGUGCUCCUCACGUCCAUCGACGACGCCGCGGGAGCCUUCGCCGACUGCGACGCGGUCUUCCCGGAUCCCGCGAAGGCGGGCUUCGCGUCCGCGGCGUCCGGCGAGGCUUUGGUCGAGAACGGCGUCGCCUACCGCUUCGAGACGCUCACGCGGCCGGCGAAGAAGCCGCCGCUCCGGGAGUCCAACGGCCCGCCCGCGCCGCCGCCGGCAAACGAGAAGCCCGCGGCGCCGAACCACGAGGAGAAGCAGUACCUCGACCUCAUCGCCGAGAUCCUCGACCGCGGCGUCCGCCGCGGCGACCGCACGGGCACGGGCACCAUCUCCAUCUUCGGCGCGCGCAUGUCCUUCAGCCUCCGGAACGACCGGUUCCCCCUGCUGACGACGAAGCGCGUCUUCUGGCGCGGCGUCGCCGAGGAGCUCGUCUGGUUCGUGAGCGGGUCGACGAACGGGAAGCUCCUGGCGGACAAGGGCAUCCACAUCUGGGACGGCAACGGGAGCCGCGAGUUCCUCGACCGGCGGGGCCUGGGCCACCGCGAGGAGAUGGACCUGGGCCCCGUCUACGGCUUCCAGUGGCGCCACUUCGGCGCCAAGUACGUCGACAUGCACAAAGACUACGCGGGCGAGGGCGUGGACCAGCUCGCGGCCUGCGUCGAGACCAUCAAGCAGGACCCGAACUCGCGGCGCAUCGUCCUGUCCGCGUGGAACCCCGCGGACCUCGACGAGAUGGCGCUGCCGCCGUGCCACAUGUUCUGCCAGUUCUACGUCGCGAACGGCGAGCUCUCCUGCCAGAUGUACCAGCGGUCCGCGGACAUGGGCCUCGGCGUGCCCUUCAACAUCGCGUCCUACGCGCUCCUCACGCGCAUGGUCGCGCAGGCCACGGGCCUAAAGCCGGGCGACUUCGUCCACGUCAUCGGCGACGCGCACGUCUACUCGAACCACGUCGACGCGCUCAAGGUCCAGCUCCAGCGCGAGCCCCGGCCCUUCCCGACGCUCACAAUCAACCCGGCGAAGACGGGCAUCGACGACUUCGAGUUCGCCGACUUCACCGUCGAGGGCUACAAGCCCUACCCCAAGAUCGACAUGAAGAUGGCCGUCUAGGAUCGCGGCGUAAGAAACAAGCUCGG